AUGUUCACCGUGCCCCUUUGGAUCUUCCUCAAGAUGACGGAAAUUCACCCUCAUGAAGAACUCCUAGAAGCAGGAUCUCUUUGCCAAUUUGACGAUUCCCUGGGCCGAGCGCUCUUCGUGUCGCACCAGUGGCUUAGUAUCCAACAUCCAGAUCCAUCUUUUGAGCAGCUGCUUGUGCUACAGAAAGCCCUCAUGGAUCUGAUCUCCGGAGCUUGCAGAGUGAGUCUCCCCCCGGUCAUCGAGCUGUGGUUCGGCAGGCUAAGGCUGCCUAGUGCCGCAGAUUUCAACGCACAGAGCCUCUUCCUGUGGUAUGAUUACUUUUCUAUCCCACAGAGCGAGGAAAACAUCGAAUCACGACAGAAGGCAAUCUCAUCCAUUCCUUGCUACAUCUCCCAGAGUUUCUUCUUCAUGAUCUUGAUUCCCGCAGUGCAGCAUGAAAAUGGACGCAUUCUGAGUUUCGAGAGCUGGGCGGAGCGUGGCUGGUGCCGCUUAGAAAGCAUGGCUCGAAGUUUGGCUCGGGAAGAUGGCUUCAGGAUCACGGUGAAUGUGGCCUCAAGCCCCACCCUGACCACGGAUCUUGGGGGUCUGGCCAAGGCGCCCGGAAAGGGACUCUUCUCGGUCGAAGAUGAUCGAAAAAAAUCGGGCAAGUUCUCGCCAGAUUGUCUUCAAACAGACCCCUUGGAGAGUCUGGUGCCCAACUUUUCCACGGAGAUUGACCCAUCGAUUGAUCGCCAUGGCUUUGUGACCGCCAAGUUUCUACAUGAGAAUGGCUUCGCAAGUGUACAAGAACGGGACGCGGCCGGCUGGUCACCCAUUUGCUAUGCUGUCUUGAGGGACGAUCCCUUCUUGAUUGAGGCCCUGGUAAAGAAUAAGGCUGAUGUAAAUGAUUCCAAUCGACGAGCCAAGAACGAUGCCCAGCUCCCCAAGGGCUUACCACUUUUGUCACUCGCUGGCACUUACAACAAUAACCAGGCCAUGAAGGCCUUAUUGUUGGCCAAGGCCAAUGUGAAUGCAACAGAUAGCCUUGGAGGCAAUGCGCUCACUGCAUCCAUUGGCAUGGGCAACAAGGAGGCGGUCCAGAUUCUAUGCGAUGCCAACAUAAAUCCAAAUGUGAAGCUUUUGCCUGGAACGGGUGCGUUCAAAAUCGCAUGCGGAUUUGCUGAUGUGCCAACGAUUCAAGCGAUCAUGACUCGGCUUCCAGCCAAUGUGAACCUGCGGUUCGCUCUGCACUUUGGCCUCAUCUUCUAUGCCAACGUUGACAUGGUUUCGUUCUUGCUUAAGUCAUCAGCUGACAUCAAUGAACAACUGGAAGUUCCCAUGAAGAAAACCGGCUGGUGGAUGUUGCUGAAGUUUUUGGCUUUACGCCACAGGGUGAGUCCCUCAGCCUUGACCUAUUUGGCCUAUCAUCAUUCUGGGGCGACUCCUCUGAUGUUGAGCAUCAUCACAGCCAAGUUUGAUUGCGCAUCUCUUCUUUUGGCUUCUGGUGCAAGGGUGGACCUCAAGAACCGACGAGGAAAGACCGCGGCAGACAUGGUCCGAGAGACUGGUGCGCCUAUUUCCUUGAGACCGGCACCGAAGACCAACUCAGAAAGAAUCUUCGGAAUUUGA